CGUCCGCGACCUGGCGCCCGCAGGAGCAGCAGAUCACUACCCCGAACACUUCACGGAACCAUUAAUCAAUACAACAUAAUCCCAGCAAUCCCAGGGCCCCACAGUACUGCAGGACAGCGGAUGGUGAAGCCAGUUGUCUCUAUCCCAUUUGAUCUGUGUUCUCACAACAGGGUCAUUGACAACCGCACAAUGGAUGCCGUGCAGAGGGUGGUCAUCAGUCCUUUGUUCAAGAUUCCUCUACCUCCCAGCAGGAAGCAUAUCAUUUCCUGCAACAUCUGUCACCGGCGGUUCAACUCUCAGAGUCAAGCUGAGGCACACUACAAAGGCAACAAGCACGCCAGGAUGACCAAGGGACGAGAGGCCAUUAGACAGAGCCAGGCAGCGGCUGUAAUUAGGGACAACAUAGUGUCAACUGCCCCUGUGACUACCUACAGCUCAGCGACAGCUUCCACUGAACCGGCCAUUGACACAGGAGGUUAG